GCCUCGGUUGUCAAACAUGGCUGAAGCGCCGCUGCUACCGCUACAGCCGCUGAAGGGAAAAUGCUGAGCUCGCCUGGGCCGGGUGGGCGGCGGCGGCGAGGGCGGCGACGGGAACCCGCUUCCCGGGCGCGGCAGCGGCGGCGGUCAUGGCUCGGCUGGCCGACUACUUCAUUGUGGUAGGCUACGACCACGAGAAGCCAGGACCAGAAGGUCUGGGGAAAAUAAUUCAGAGAUUCCCACAGCAGGACUGGGAUGACACGCCUUUCCCUCAGGGAAUUGAAUUGUUUUGUCAGCCUGGUGGAUGGCAUCUGUCCAGAGAACGGAAACAGCCAACAUUCUUUGUGGUGGUCCUGACGGAUAUUGACUCAGAUCGACAUUACUGCUCAUGCCUAACCUUCUACGAGGCAGAGAUCAAUCUCCAGGGAACAAAGAAGGAAGAGAUUGAAGGUGAAGAAGUGUCUGCUUUAAUUCAACCUGCAGAAGUGUUUGCUCCCAAAAGCCUCGUCUUGGUAUCCAGAUUAGACUACCCAGAAAUUUCUAGGGCUUGCUUGGGUUUGAUCUAUACUGUGUACGUGGACAGCUUAAGUGUCUCUUUGGAAAGUCUCAUUGCAAAUCUUUGUGCUUGCCUUGUCCCAGCUGCUGGAGGGUCUCAGAAGCUAUUUUCCUUGGGUGCAGGAGACAGACAGCUGAUCCAGACUCCUUUGCAUGAUAGUCUUCCUGUCACAGGCACUAGUGUGGCUCUUUUAUUUCAGCAAUUAGGAAUUCAAAAUGUCCUCAACCUCUUUUGUGCAGUUCUUACAGAAAAUAAGGUUCUCUUCCAUUCAGCAAGUUUCCAGAGACUUAGUGAUGCUUGUAGAGCCCUGGAAUCUUUAAUGUUUCCUCUUAAAUACAGUUACCCUUAUAUUCCCAUUCUUCCUGCUCAGCUACUAGAAGUUUUGAGUUCUCCAACUCCUUUCAUUAUUGGAGUACACUCCAUCUUUAAAACUGAUGUUCAUGAGCUUUUAGAUGUAAUAAUAGCAGAUUUGGAUGGAGGCACUAUUAAAAUUCCUGAAUGCAUUCACCUCUCUUCUCUUCCGGAGCCACUUCUUCAUCAGACUCAAGCAGCGCUUUCUUUGAUUUUGCACCCUGAUUUGGAAGUAGCAGAUCAUGCUUUCCCUCCUCCACGAACAGCCUUAUCCCACUCAAAAAUGCUGGAUAAAGAAGUACGAGCAGUUUUCCUUAGGUUAUUUGCACAACUGUUCCAAGGAUAUAGGUCAUGCCUCCAGCUUAUACGGAUCCAUGCUGAGCCUGUGAUACAUUUUCACAAAACAGCUUUCUUGGGGCAGCGUGGUUUGGUUGAGAAUGAUUUCCUCACUAAAGUGCUCAAUGGAAUGGCAUUUGCAGGUUUUGUUUCAGAAAGAGGGCCUCCAUAUAGAGCCUGUGAUCUCUUUGAUGAGUUGGUAGCUUUUGAAGUAGAGAGAAUUAAAGUUGAAGAAAAUAACCCACUGAAGAUGAUAAAGCACAUCAGAGAACUUGCUGAGCAACUAUUCAAAAAUGAGAAUCCAAACCCCCAUAUGGCAUUUCAGAAAGUUCCACGCCCAACAGAAGGAUCCCACCUGAGAGUUCAUAUUCUUCCUUUCCCAAAGAUUAAUGAAGCCCGGGUUCAGGAACUAAUACAGGAAAAUCUUGCUAAGAACCAGAAUGCACCUCCUGCUACAAGAAUAGAAAAGAAAUGUGUGGUGCCAGCAGGUCCACCUGUUGUUUCAAUAAUGGAUAAAGUGAUAACAGUUUUCAACAGUGCACAGAGACUGGAAGUUGUUAGAAACUGCAUCUCAUUCAUAUUUGAAAAUAAAACUUUGGAGACUGAGAAGACCCUUCCUGCUGCCUUAAGGGCCCUUAAAGGAAAAGCAGCAAGACAGUGUCUCACUGAUGAACUGGGUUUGCAUGUCCAGCAGAACCGGGCAAUAUUGGAUCAUCAGCAGUUUGACUACAUAAUAAGGAUGAUGAAUUGUACUCUGCAGGAUUGUUCAAGUUUAGAAGAAUAUAACAUUGCUGCAGCACUACUCCCUCUGACCAGUGCUUUCUAUAGGAAACUUGCCCCUGGAGUUAGCCAGUUUGCCUACACCUGUGUACAGGACCACCCCAUUUGGACAAAUCAGCAGUUUUGGGAGACAACUUUUUACAAUGCAGUACAGGAGCAGGUUCGCUCCCUGUAUCUCUCAGUAAAAGAAGACAAUCAUGCCCCACAUCUGAAGCAGAAGCUUCCUGACGGCCAGUAUCAGGAGAAGACAGCAAUGGACUUGGCAGCCGAGCAGCUUCGCCUUUGGCCUACUCUGAGCAAGUCCACUCAGCAGGAGCUGGUGCAACACGAGGAAAGCACCGUCUUCAGUCAGGCCAUUCACUUUGCAAACCUCAUGGUCAACCUGCUAGUUCCACUAGACACAAGUAAAAACAAGCUCCUUCGAGCAUCGGCUCCAGGAGACUGGGAAAGUGGGAGCAACAGCAUUGUCACAAACAGUAUUGCAGGAAGUGUAGCUGAGAGCUAUGAUACAGAGAGUGGGUUUGAAGAUUCAGAAAAUAAUGAUGUUGCCAACUCCGUUGUAAGGUUCAUUGCCCGAUUUAUUGACAAAGUUUGUACAGAGAGUGGAGUGACUCAGGACCACAUCAGGAGUCUCCACUGCAUGAUACCAGGAAUUGUAGCUAUGCACAUUGAGACCCUAGAGGCAGUACAUCGAGAGAGUAGAAGACUUCCACCUAUCCAGAAGCCCAAGAUUCUUCGACCAGCUCUACUGCCAGGGGAAGAAAUUGUGUGUGAAGGUCUUCGAGUCCUGCUGGAUCCUGACGGUCGGGAAGAAGCCACUGGAGGUCUCCUUGGAGGUCCUCAGCUCCUGCCCGCAGAAGGCGCCUUGUUCCUUACCACUUACAGAAUUCUCUUCCGAGGGACACCACAUGACCAGCUAGUUGGUGAACAGACAGUUGUGCGGAGCUUUCCUAUUGCCUCCAUCACCAAGGAGAAGAAGAUAACCAUGCAGAACCAGUUACAACAGAACAUGCAAGAAGGGCUGCAGAUUACAUCAGCAUCUUUCCAGUUGAUUAAAGUAGCAUUUGAUGAAGAAGUCAGUCCAGAAGUGGUAGACAUCUUUAAGAAACAACUAAUGAAGUUCCGUUAUCCUCAGUCCAUUUUUAGUACCUUUGCUUUUGCUGCUGGACAAACUACCCCACAAAUCAUUUUACCCAAGCAGAAAGAAAAAAACACCUCCUUCCGAACUUUCUCAAAAACAAUUGUGAAAGGUGCCAAAAGGGCAGGAAAAAUGACAAUUGGGAGGCAGUAUUUAUUGAAGAAGAGGACAGGAACAAUUGUGGAAGAGAGAGUAAAUCGUCCUGGGUGGAAUGAAGAAGAUGACAUUUCUGUUUCAGAUGAUAGUGAACUCCCAACAAGUACAACCCUGAAGGCCUCAGAGAAAUCCACAAUGGAGCAGUUGGUGGAGAAAGCAUGCUUCAGAGAUUAUCAGCGCUUAGGUUUGGGAACUAUAAGUGGCAAUUCCUCCCGUUCAAAACCAGAGUAUUUCCGAAUCACUGCCUCCAACAGGCUGUAUUCACUGUGCAGGAGCUAUCCUGGCCUUUUAGUCAUACCUCAAGCUGUACAAGACAGUAGUUUACCAAGAGUAGCCCGCUGCUAUCGACACAAUCGCCUACCUGUCGUAUGUUGGAAGAACUCAAGAAGUGGUACUCUGCUUCUCCGAUCUGGGGGAUUCCAUGAAGGAGUUGUUGGUCUUUUCAAAUCACAGAACUCCCCUCAAGCCGUUUCUACCUCCUCUUUGGAAUCUUCCAGUAGUAUAGAACAGGAAAAGUACUUGCAAGCCUUACUGACUGCAGUUACUGUUCAUCAGAAACUCAGAGGCAACAGCUCCCUUACUGUCAGGCCAGCACUUGCCCUGUCCCCAGGGACUGAAAGGAGGACUUCAAGAAUGUCCACUGUGCUUAAGCAGGUAGUGCCAGGACAUUUGGAUGUAAACCCAUCCAAUAGCUUUGCUCGAGGAGGCGUAUGGGCAAGUCUUCGUUCCAGCACCCGUUUGAUCAGCUCUCCAACAUCCUUCAUUGAUGUUGGUGCCAGGCUGGCAGGCAAGGAUCAUGCAACCUCCUUCAGUAACAGCACCUACUUACAAAACCAGCUCUUGAAACGACAAGCCGCCCUUUAUAUAUUUGGUGAAAAGUCACAGCUAAGGAGCUUCAAGGUAGAAUUUGCUUUAAACUGUGAGUUUGUUCCUGUUGAAUUCCAUGAAAUCCGACAAGUGAAAACCAGUUUUAAGAAGCUGAUGAGGGCUUGUAUCCCAAGCACCAUCCCUACGGACUCGGAAGUGACGUUCCUGAAGGCCCUGGGAGAUUCUGAGUGGUUCCCACAGCUUCACAGGAUAAUGCAGCUGGCUGUGGUUGUAUCAGAAGUACUUGAGAAUGGGUCUUCAGUUUUGGUGUGUUUAGAAGAAGGCUGGGACAUCACUACACAAGUGACAUCCCUGGUGCAGUUACUCAGCGAUCCAUUCUAUAGGACAAUUGAAGGCUUCCGGAUGUUGGUUGAAAAAGAAUGGCUCUCUUUUGGUCAUAAAUUUAGCCAGCGCAGCAGCUUGGCCCUUAACUCUCAGAGCAGCGGUUUUGCUCCCAUCUUCUUGCAGUUCUUAGACUGCGUGCACCAGGUUCACAACCAGUAUCCAGCUGAGUUUGAGUUCAAUCUCUAUUACCUGAAGUUCUUGGCUUUCCACUAUGUGUCUAAUCGCUUUAAAACGUUUCUUCUGGAUUCAGACUAUGAAAGAUUGGAGCAUGGAACUUUAUUUGAUGAUAAAGGUGACAAGCAUGCCAAGAAAGGAGUUUGUAUUUGGGAGUGCAUUGACAAGAUGCACAAGCGGAGCCCCAUCUUCUUCAAUUACUUAUAUUCACCAGUGGAAACAGAGGCCCUGAAGCCUAAUGUAAAUGUCUCCAGUCUCAAGAAGUGGGAUUACUACACAGAGGAGACUCUGUCUGCAGGUCCUUCAUACGACUGGAUGAUGCUGACCCCCAAGCAUUUUCCCUCUGAAGAAUCGGAUAUAGCUGGAGGAGUUGGGCCCCAGAGUCAAAGGAGAACAGUGUGGCCAUGCUAUGAUGACAUCAGCUGCAGCCAGCCAGAUGCCCUCACCAGACUUUUCAGUGAAAUUGAAAAAUUGGAGCAUAAAUUGAACCAAACUCCUGAGAAAUGGCACCAGCUAUGGGAUAAAGUAACCACGGACCUUAAGGAGGAGCCAAGAACAGACCAUUCCCAAAGAUACUCAUCGGGGUCCCCAGGACUUGUGUCUACCAACGUGCCUUCUUAUCAGAAGAGGCCUGUGCUGCACCCACUGGACCACAGCACUGGCGAGGAUCAGAAUGCCACCGUCGCCCCGUCCAAUGGCGUAGAGCACAGGGCAGCCACGCUUUACAGCCAGUACACAUCCAAGAACGAUGAGAACAGAUCCUUUGAAGGAACGCUGUACAAAAGAGGAGCUUUGCUGAAGGGGUGGAAACCCCGUUGGUUUGUUUUAGAUGUAACGAAACACCAGCUCCGAUACUAUGACUCGGGGGAAGACACGAGCUGUAAAGGCCACAUUGAUCUGGCUGAAGUAGAAAUGGUUAUGCCUGCCAGCCCCAGCAUGGGAGCCCCAAAGUAUACAAGUGACAAGGCUUUCUUUGAUCUCAAGACCAGCAAGCGUGUCUAUAACUUCUGUGCCCAGGAUGGACAGAGUGCCCAGCAAUGGAUGGACAGGAUCCAGAGCUGCAUCUCUGAUGCCUGAUGUGGCCCAUGAUUGGCCAAGCACAAGAGCUAGAGGAACUCAUCUGCCAGACAGGAGCGGACAGUGGUCACCCAGGGCCUGAGGUCCUGCUUACCCUGACCCCCCUUGGAACAGUUCCUUGUCACACAGGGCUGGGGAGGAGCCUAGGCCCCCUCACAGCAUCAUUCCAACUUGAUUGAAGUGGCUGGGCAUCAGAGAAGGCUCCCAAACUUGCUGCCAUCAUCUCCUAGGCAAGGUAGCUACUACCUGAGUCCUCAUGAAGGUCCUUUUUGUUCUCCACGGCCAUAAUUUCCUUCGAGAACUUUUGACAACAAAAAUCCAUACCCUCUAAAGGUCAUCACAUGUCCUGCAUAUGUUUCCCAUCCGACACACCUACUUUUAUGCCUCACCUUUGAGACGUUCGGUUCUCUGGUGCUGCCAAAAGGUGCUUUCAUGGACGCUGCCCUGCCAGGGAGCUUCCCAGCAGGAGACAUCACUGCAGUGGCAGGCAAAGGGAGUGUGCAGGAUUCCCAUGGGAAGAGCAACAGUGGCCGGGUCAGACCCGAGCCAGUACAGGGAACACUGCUGCAAACCACUGGUCCCCGAGGACACAGUGCGCUGUCCCGUCCCUCCUGUCCCUUGACAGCUUUCUGUGAAGUAACAAGCACACCGGCAUUGAACUCCUAACUGAGGAGCGAGUUGGAGGCGAGGCCAGCUGCUCGCCAGCACACACCUGGGACAAAGGCAGAGAGCACCGCUCCUGAGAACUGCCUUCCCCUGUCUGGUUACAGUAACCCUGUUUCUCCAGCCGAGAACCCAAGGGUGCUGUUCACCUCCAUGAACCUGAGCAGCUGCUGGGCCCCUGGUGGCCGGAUUGAUGUGUUUUGACAUGUUAAUAUGUUAAAUACCAAACUAAUAUUUCAAAAUAUGUAUAUAUGAUUUCUAUAUCCUGAUUUUUCAGAUAGCCUGCUUAUAAUUUAAUAUAAAAAUAACUAAACUGAUUCAUAAGAUUUUAGUAAUAAAAGAUUGUUCCCUUUUUAAAGAAUAAAAACUACUUUGUAGAUUAAAAAUAAAUCAAGUUUUCAAAUUAAAAAUUAUCAACACACUAGAAAAUAGAACUGUAUUAAUAUAUAAGAAAUUGGGAAAUAAAAAUGAAGGAAUUUUUUAUCGUAUUCAUUUUAUAAAUUUGCCACCUGAGAAAACAGUUUUUGCACAUUAUUUGUAUUUUUCUUUGUAUAUGAAAUCCUUUUUUGUACUUUGUAAAAUACGGAGCCCAUUGUCCUUCCAGCCCUUGGAGACUGGGCCACUACUGCUUUUGUAACUGGAUUCUUUUAACUUUCAUGAAGGCUUUACGAGCCUGAAGUUCACUAACCACCCAGAAUUAAAUUUAUUUCUUAAGAAAA